AUGCCCAUCCCGAUACAUGACGAUGACAGUCAGAUCCAGAAUGGCUCGAACAGUGCAAGUGCAUCUGCGACAGAACACGCUUAUGCUUUCCCAGCAUUGGAACAUUUCAGAGUUCAGAAUAUACCGCCGGCUGCUUACUACAUACCCGAUUUCAUCACCCCUGACGAAGAAGAAUACCUAAUUCGAAAGAUAGAAGAAUCACCUCAGCCGAAAUGGAAAAAGGUUGGUACAGGUAGAAGGUUACAGUAUUGGGGAGGGACCAUGUCGAAGAAUGGGAUCUUGUUACCUGAGGCAUUACCAGAUUUCUUGACUUCGUUUCCCAAUGUAAUCGAACGAAUCGAAUCUUUCCUUGGAGUAGCUUCAAGUGUCAAGGGAAAGCAGAAGAUGCAAUUGGAUAUCAACCAAGUGCUGGUGAAUGAGUAUCACCCCGGACAGGGUAUCUCGCCACAUGAAGAUGGUCCAGCCUUCCAUCCACUAGUCACCACCCUCUCCCUAGGUUCACAUACAGUCUUGGAUCUGCAUCAUUACGUCAACCCCACUUGUCCUUCACCACCCAUGAUUCCAUCUAGCUCCUCGUCGACUGCCGAAGACGAAGGGAAGACCAUAGCGGCUAUACCUAUGGCUCACCUUUUGUUGAUGCCUCGAUCGUUAUUGGUCCUAAGUUCCAGUCUAUAUACUUCGCACCUACAUUCAAUCGACUCAAGGGAAAGGGAUACAAUAAUUCGUGCUCCGAGUGACGACAGUACGAAAGAAGAGGGGGAAGGAGUGCUGGUAUCAAACACCGAAUUACUUGGUGAUCCCGAUAUAGUUGAUACCCUGUCCAAAGAUGGACGAUGGAUUGGUGAGAGGGGUAGGAGGAUUAGUCUGACUUUUAGAAAGGCUGAGAAGGUCUUGAAAGGUGGUCCGGCAGGGGUGUUGGGUAGAAGCUUGGGCUUGAAGAAGUGA